AGGACCGGUUCUGUUUUUGGGCAAAGAAAUCCAAACAAGCCACCAGGAUGUUCCAAGACCAACUCAAGGAGAAGGUCCGUCCCUUAAUUGACUUAAUAGAUGAAAUGAGAUACCUUGGGAUAGAGAAGCAGCUGAACCUGCCAGCCAUUGUAGUGGUGGGAGACCAGAGUUCAGGGAAGAGCUCUGUGCUUGAGGCACUUUCAGGAGUGGCACUGCCCAGAGGAACUGGUAUUGUCACUAGAUGCCCACUGUUACUCCAGCUUUGUUAUGAGAAACACAAUGUUUGGAAGGCGGAGAUCUCAUAUUGUGAACAAAUGCAUGAAUUUACUGAACCCUCAAAGGUCGUGAACUAUGUUGAAGAAGCCCAGAAUGACUUGGCUGGAGAAGGAGAUGGGAUAUGCGAAGAACUGAUCACUCUGAAGAUAAAAUCCAAUACAGUAUGUGACCUCACUCUGAUUGACUUACCUGGGAUUGCCAGAGUAGCUGUGAAAGGACAACCGGAGGACAUUGGAGAAAAAAUCAAAGGUCUUAUUCUUAACUACAUAAAGAGAAAGGAAACCAUCAUUUUGGUGGUGGUACCAUGUAAUGUUGACAUAGCAACAACAGAGGCCCUGCAAAUGGCACAACAAGUGGAUGUUGAAGGCACAAGAACUUUGGCCAUUCUAACAAAGCCAGACCUGAUAGACCCUGGAGCCGAGAAUACCAUUUUGGACAUCGUCCACAAUAGAACGAUUCCUCUGAAUUUGGGCUAUGUCAUUGUGAAGUGUCGUGGUCAGAAGCAAAUUGAUGAAAAUAUGUCCAUAAUUGAUGCAAUUGAAGAUGAGAAGGAAUUCUUCAAAAGACAUUUGCACUUCAGCUCUCUUGAGGAAAAGACAACCAUCAUUAACCUAUCCAGGAAGCUCACCGUCACCCUUGUUGAACACAUUAAGAUAUCUCUCCCUGAGAUGUCAGAGAAGAUAAAAAAAUUGCUUGGGGAUGUGAGGGAUAAAUUGAAUAAAUUAAAGCAUGAACCUCCCCAGGACCUUUCAGAGAAGAGGAAGCACCUCAUUAAGGUCAUGACAGUGUUCAUUGAAAAGAUCACCCAGCUGUCCAAAGGGGAUAUUAUUACAGAGGGAAACCUGUUUGUCCUCAUGCGAAAGGAUUAUAAACAGUGGAUGGGAAUUCUGACGAACUCUAUAGAAAAUUACCAAAAGCAUGUGCAAGAAGUGGCAGCUGAAUAUGAUAAGACACAUAGGGGAAGUGAGCUGCCAGGUUUCAGUAACUACAAUGUUUUUCGACAAGUUGCUCAGACACUACUGGGUGAACUUGUGAAUCCUGCAAUGAUGACAGUACACUCAGUCAGAGAAAUGGUGCAGAAACAAUUUGAUAUAUUAUCUAAAGAUUGCUUUGAGGGUUAUUCUUUUCUUCAGGAGUUCUCAAAGAGAAACAUUGAAAGCAUCCAGGAUCAGCAGUCACAAAUGGCCAUGGGAAGGAUCAAGGAGCAGUUUGAGAUGGAGAUGUUAGUGUACACACAGGAUGAAAUCUUCAACAUACAGAAUAAAUUGGAUAGCGAAACCACAGACUACACGGAACAAGACAAAAGGACCAAUUACCCUGAACUGCUCAAAGCUUACUAUGAGAUCGUGGUGCAGAGAAUGGGGGACCAGGUGCCAAUGUUGAUCUAUUAUUUCAUCCUGAAGGAGGGAGCCAAAAACGUGUGUAGCGAGAUGCUGUCUCUGCUCUACGAAGAUGACAUUGAUAAAAUCCUACAGGAGGACUCAUGCAUUGAAAUGAAUCGUGCAAAGUUGAAGGCCCAACUCAAAUGCCUCUUACAUGCCAAUGAAAAGCUCAACAACCUUUGAAAGGUACUCCACAUUGCCAUCUACAGGACAGGCUGUUUUACUACAUCUGCAAUGUCACGGGAAACAGAAAUCAAUAAAGGGGAGUUGAUUAAAAAAUAUUAGAGCCUGCAUUUCACUUAUACUUAAUAAUAAGCAUGUCUUAGAAUCUUCUCAAUACUCCUCACAUUCCUACAGUCUGCAGUAUACACUGUCAUGGGGAAGCUGAAAUCACUGCAGGCUCUAAAAAUAGUACUGAAGAAUAAUUGCACACGUCACAAAUUGUCAAACCUUUGCAAAAAUAACAGAAAGUCAUCAUCAUGGCGUUUGCAUCACUAACUAGCGUAUCAAUAGCCCGCGCUAGUUGACAAAUAACAAUGGGAGUGCAAUGUGGGUAAACAUUUCACUCUAUUCCGUCUUGAAUACCGACAAGUUGUCUCCCAUAAAUUGUAUUGUUUACUCCAUUAACAUAGCAUGCCAUGCUCACGGCUAACAUGCGAGCAUAUGAUUUGAAGUAAACUGUUUGUUUUAGCGACAAGGACUUUAAUACUGUGUUUCAUUUAGCUAACCACAAUUAAUUAUUUUCCUUCCCUCCAACUCUGCUUUUGUUCUGUUAACAUAAUCAGGUGAACCUCAGAGCAGUAGAGCAUUUAUGUUUGACUACAUGAACUCAGUUGUGUAAUUUCUCUGGUAUAAUAUCAAAGUUCAAAAUUCUGGUUUGGUGACAUCCCAAAUUCCUAAUGUAAAUGGCAGCUUGUUUAACAGCCAAUGGUUUUUUAUGUGAAAUAUUUUAACUAUUUAAUUGAAUGUACCUUUCUAGUUUGUCGUGACCUCUCUUACAUCCACCCAUCCAGUGGUGUCUAGAUUAUCCAGAUUUUGUUUUCGAAGCAUGUAAAAUGACCUAGGAUUCUGAUUAAAGGAUCAGAAAGGAUUACAAAUCAGAAUCAGGGUUGGACAAUGGACCUUUUCCCCCAGGAUAGAAAUACAGCUGAGCAAGUCCAUACCCCUUUCUGGAGGAUCAGAAUAACAUUCUGAAGUUAAGAUUUUUAUUUUUUUGAGGUUAUGCUUAAAAGCUAAGAAACUUCAACUAGUAAAAUGACCCAUUGGUGUGUUUAUGCAGGUCAGUGCUGCAACCAAACCAUUGCUGUAACUGAAGUAGGCCUUUUGCAAAAAUAACAACUAAUUAGAUGUGUACUUAAACAGUGGUCAAGACAAAAUAAUAAGCAUAUAGGAACCAGAAAGGCUAUGUUAAAUUGAUGGGAUGGACAGUCUUUCUCCCUCCAUCAUAGGGUGUUAUCAGUAUGUAACGUGUGCAGUAUGUCAAGUGUUGUGUACUGAAAGACAGACACAUUGUUGUUGUGCUUGCUAUGAUAAAGGGGAAGAUUACACGGGGGAUCAAGACCAAGUGUCUCAAUUCCUGGCUGUCCCAAAAAAGAGUGCAUGUGACACAAAGUUUAAAUGUUAGAAUGUGAAUUGCUGCAGAACCAAGUACUACAAUAAUUACAUCGAUACAGUAAUAACAU